AUGCACACCCUUAUUCUGUUCUUUUUCGGACUUGUUGCCCUUGUUGCAGAUGCCUCUCCUACUCCGUCAGCAAAUCAUCCAAGCAGAACCAUUGAGAAGCGUUCUGCUCGAACAGCCAACCCUGGUAGCUGCCUCGAGGUGCAAGGAACGAGCCCUUCCUAUAGUCAGUACUCAACUUUAGCCUUUGCUGUGGCAGCUCUGGGCUCUGGCACAACAUCCAAAUGUAUCUCCAUGUGGCCUGGAACGUAUACGGAGCGUGUUAUGAUUCAGUAUGGGGGAGCUCUGAGCAUCUACGGCUAUUCGGUAAAUACAGGUAUUCAGGCAGACAACCAAGUGACAAUCAGUGUGGGCAAAAACUACUCAAGCUACUCAAGCUACUCUAGAGUAGUCUUGAGUAGAGUAGACGGUAAAUUGGACGCGAGUUCUGCCUUGCACCUCUAUGGCGACAACUAUUCGGUGUGGAAUAUCAAUAUUAAAAACACCUAUGGUGCAGGUGCACAGGCAGUUGCCGUGACCUCUACGGGGAACUACAUUGCUAUGUACGCUUGUGGAAUUUAUGGAUAUCAAGACACGCUCUAUGCUAAGUCUGGUUAUCAAUAUUACUCCAGGUGUUAUGUCGAAGGGGCGGAUGACUUCAUCUUCGGUAAUGCUGCUGCUUGGUUUGGAGAUUGCACAAUUGCUUGUAAUGGUGGAGGUUCAAUCACUGCCAACAAUAGGGCAUCAGCUAGCGACCCGGCCUGGUACAUUUUCGACACGUCCACAAUCACAGCAGCAUCUGGAUGGACGACUACAGCAGCUAAUUAUCUGGGCCAGCCAUGGGGGAUUUAUUCAAGAGUCAUCUUCCAAAAGUGCAACCUGGCUGUAGGAGCAACCCCUAUUUACGAAGAAUAUGAGAACACUGGAGCUGGCUCGGCAACUACUUCUCGGUUGUAUGAGACUACAGCUACGGCGGCUGUGACGUACAGCACGCUUUGGGGAGGAUCUUCGUCGUGGGCUGACCUUACUUUUUAA